GAGACAGUGUUUUAUACCCGACAUAAUCGAAAAUCGUAGUUUGGAAACCAAGAUAGCCAGUCGAAUGAGGUUCUCGGUCUCCAAAAAUACAUAAGUGUCGAGUGAAGUUAGCCUAUUCCUAACCUAUUUCACUUAAGUAAUUCCGGAUACGUAACGACGUUGUUUCAAAUUAUCUGAGAACAUAACCUCUAGACGUGCGUUCGUAUUAUACUAACGCGUAACAUGACUCAACAUCAAAGAGGGUAAACGAUACAGAAAUAUUUAUUUCCCCGUGCUCGUGACACGAUAUCGAGUAUCGAUGUAUCGAUUCUCGAGGUCGUAAAGCAGCAAAUUCUUAUUCUUAAGUUUCCUCGAAGAAUUUCCACGCGAGCGAACCAUAACCUCUCCGCAUGGAAAUAUCUGGAUAAAUUGGAAUAGCUAUUAGCAGCGAGGUCACGCUUGUUAUAAAUUACGCGUUGAAUUGGCCAAAGGCAAUUAAAGACCGGACGAUAAACAAGACACGGGACGACCAUGCUGGGAUUGAUCGUCCGUGGCAUCUUUCUCAUCGGCGUACUCACCUGGUACAGCACCAGCGUGUGGAAAAUGAUCGACGGUUACUUCAGGGAUCAGUUCCGAAGCUACUUGGAGGAAGAGUAUCGAAAGAAUCCGCGAAUGAGGUCCGACGUGGCCGACGCGGUCGGUAAGGCCGUUCCCGGUGCGACCACGCCACGCCCAGACGCGACGCUGGCGCCGCCGCGGCAGAUCCUCGAAGCCGCGGAGACUGUGUCGCGUGCGGUCGAAGCUGCAGAAAACGUUUCCGUUGGAACGAGCGACGGCACUCGGGUGACAGGUGGCACCAGUGAAAACGAGGCCGCAGGGGAAUCUACCGAUAAAAAUGCAUUCCUGGGAACCGUCGCGGAAUCGGGGCUGGAAAGUAGGAAGUCGUCCGAGAAUGAACAGGAUUCUCGACAACCUAUUAAUCACGACGGCCGUGACCUCGAACGCCGGGAGAACGACGAUCAUCAUCGAUCAGUCUCCGCGGUGUCUAAGAGCCCGCCGAAGAGAAAUAAAUACGACAGGAGGCAGCGCGCCCCUAGGGACAUUUCGCGCGAGAAUCAAUCGCCCAGGAGGCGAAACGUGAAGACGAUCACGCUGACCGAGAGGGACUUUAAGUCGGUCAUAAGGGAUCAGGUAUCCAACGACGACUUCUGGGAAUUCGAGGAGGACGCGGAUCAGAAGGAACCGAUCGAGGGUAUCUUGGUCUCCCAGCUACCGUACAAGCCGAGAGCGGAUAUAGGGGAUUUGGAUAGGGUCACUGCCGAGGAAUACUGUCCGCUCAAUUUGGAGGACGAAGCGUCCUGCGACCAGACGUAUAAAUGGCCCUAGGAACUUGAUAUAAACAGGGUCUUCCACGAAUCCGGAUUAAAAUAGAGGACAUCUUUGGGAAUUUUUUUCGAAGAAACCACUUGACUUUUCGACAUGCGGUUUCCGCUAUUUUAUUUAUCCAGGCUUCUAGAACAUUUGUAAUUUUUUUCGUUACGAAAGAGAGAAAAUUAUAAAAAUUAUACAAUUAUGCAUACAGGCAGGUUUAUAAAAUGGGUUCGGAUGGCUGAUACAGCAGAGACUGUUAUUUUUAUCGAAAAAUAGAAAAGUAGGAAAUAUUUAAAUUAAAAAACUGUGAAUUUAAAAGAAAAUGACAGCAAUUUAGAUUUUCUCUUGCUGUGUUAAUUUAUAGUAAAUUUUGGGAGCGUUUAGGGGAACGGAAAAUUGUGCUUAUGCGAAUCAUGGAUUUAAUCAACCGGUACUACACCGACGAAACUAUACUGAAGCCCAUAUAAUAUAGAAAUCGACUACCAAUGAAAUACCAAAAUUAUAUCAUCGAAAAUCGAGACAAAUAAUGGUAUUGUCUCUUUUUCGAAGAACUCCUCGAAUUCGGAGCAGACAUUAUUCAUAAAUAGCUCAACGAUUUCAACGAGAGUUGCAAGUAAGUUCAUCAGAGGACACUGAUAAUGCUGUAUCAGAGUGUCAUUGGACUGCUGACGAAGUUGGUCGUAGUGCUUGCAAAACGUUGGGAUAUUUCUUUCUACAAAAGAAGACGCAGUUCACUGCAGAAACUCCCAACUUUUUAUGUCUCUGUAACUAGAAAAUAUGAAAGUCCCGAGUAUUCGGUAAAUCGAUUGACGACA